AUGCCCAAUGUAAUAUGUACUCCAAAAAUUGGUUGGUAUUGCCAAGAAUCACACAAUGAAUUAAGGGUUGCUGCGGCACAAGAAGUUAGAAGAGCAUUGACUGGCUCUAUACCUGAAGAUCUUAAAAAUUGUGUUAACAAAUCAGAACUUUUAACUUUAAAAGGAAUUUUUAAAAUUAAUCAAGAAUCUUGUAAUAAUUCAUCAACAACCUCUAAUACUACAUUAUUUUCUAAAGAAUCUUUUAAUAAUAUUUCACCAAUUUUCCCCCCUCUUUUAAAUAUGCAAGCAGCGUCUUUAAAAAAUUGUUUUGGUAAUUAUUUAAUAGAAAAUUUGGAAAUUAUUUUUAGAAGAAAGAAAUAA